CCUUCCCCUUCUCUCUCUCACUCUCCCUUUAUAUCCCCCGCUUACUCGCUCACUCCCUCCUCAGCUAGCCCGCUUGCUUCGAGCCUAGCAGCUGUCUAGCUACCUCUCCAGCUCUGCCUCGAGGUCCGAAGGCCAGACCGGGGAGGAGGAGGAAGUAAAAAAGACAAUGCCGCCGUCGGGGACCAGCGCCGUGGACGCGGCGGCGAAGGGGGUCAAGCUGGAGCGGUACGCGAGCGGUGGCGCGCUCCUGCUGCGGCGCGCGGCGAGCGGCAAGAUCGUGUCGGCGUCGUCGCACCUGCUCUUCCGCGCCACCGUAAUCGCCACGCUCGCGCUCGUCUUCCUCUUCACGCUGCACUACCCGUCGCUCCUGUCCCGGUCCUUCCACCUCUCCGCCGGCGCUGCUGGCGACGGUUCUGGGGGCGCGCACUCCGCCUCGCACCGCAACCUGCUCAUGUCCUCGGCGUCGGCGGCGGGGUCCUACGGGGGCCCCGCGUGGGAGAAGGAGAUACGGCGGAGCGCCAGGCCGAGUCGGGACGGGGGAAUCUCCGUGCUGGUGACCGGUGCCGCGGGGUUCGUCGGCGCGCACUGCUCGCUCGCCCUGAAGGCCCGCGGCGACGGCGUGCUCGGCCUCGACAACUUCAACUCCUACUACGACCCGUCCCUGAAGCGCGCGCGGCAGAGGCUCCUGGCCAGCCGCGGCGUCGCCGUGCUCGACGCCGACAUCAACGACGGCCUGCUGCUCGAGAAGCUGUUCGACGUGGCGGCGUUUACGCACGUGCUGCACCUGGCGGCGCAGGCCGGCGUGCGGUACGCGAUGGAGGCGCCGCAGACGUAUGUGGCCUCCAACGUGGCAGGGCUCGUCAGCGUGUUCGAGGUGGCGGCCAAGCACGCCGACCCGCAGCCGGCGAUCGUCUGGGCGUCGUCGUCGUCGGUGUACGGGCUCAACACCGACGCGCCCUUCUCUGAGGAGCACCGCACCGACCGACCGGCGUCGCUGUACGCGGCGACCAAGAAGGCCGGCGAGGCCAUCGCGCACGCCUACAACCACAUCUACGGGCUCUCCAUCACCGGCCUCCGGUUCUUCACCGUCUACGGGCCGUGGGGCCGCCCCGACAUGGCCUACUUCUUCUUCGCCCGCAACAUCGUCGCCGGUGAGCCCAUCACGCUCUUCCGAGCGGCCGGCGGCGCCGACGCGCGCCGAGACUUCACCUACAUCGACGACAUCGUCAAGGGCUGCCUCGGCGCGCUCGACACCGCCGGCAAGAGCACCGGCUCCAAGUCCGGCAAGAAGAGCGGGCCCGCGCCGCUCCGCGUCUACAACCUCGGCAACACCUCCCCCGUGCCCGUCACCCGGAUGGUCGCCAUCCUGGAGAAGCUGCUCGGCAAGAAGGCCAACAAGCGCAUCGUUACCAUGCCCAGCAACGGCGACGUGCCCUUCACCCACGCCAACGUCAGCCACGCCGCGCACGACUUCGGCUACCACCCCACCACCUCCCUCGAGGCCGGCCUCCGGCACUUCGUCGAAUGGUUCGUGAACUACUACAAGCUCGACACCAAGAUCGCCAAGGGCGCCCGCGCCGCCGACAAGUCCGCGAAGAAGAAGAAAGCCGCAUCCAUGUCGGCAUCGUCGUGAUCGAUCAACACAGCACACACAGAAUACCACCACAACACCAAGUCACCAAGUGUGUAUUCUCUAACUAGUUCUUGGAGGCUUUUUGUUUAAGCCCUUGCUACUUGCUUCUUCUUAUCCUCCUUAUGCUGAUAGUGUUUAGUAGGAAGGGAAGGGAAUAACUGUUGCAUAUUGGUAUAUAAAGAUUGGGUGGGUAUAGAUGAUGAUAAGAUCAAACAGAGGAUCCAGGACAGAUGAAAGAUGAAGUCACUGGCUUCCUAUCAAUCAAAUCGUUCUCUUGCAAUAUGUCACUUAUUUUGUU